UGUGGCCGUGGUUCACUGAGGACGAAGAUAUUUAAAAGAAACCGUGGGAGGACCAAUGGCGCUCUUUCAACUCUAAAAUGGCGGCAAAUCUUUCCUUCGCUUCCGCCGUUUCCCACGUCAACUCACCGCGUCAGUUCAUCGUUUUCCGGCGAAACGCCAGCCCAAGCCGCAACAUAUAUAGAAUUAGAUGCAACGGAGAAAAUUCCAAGAGCAAUUUACCCACCACUCAAGAAUCUGCACGCGAGAAUGUUCUUCUCAAGGUAGCCUGGUAUGGUUCCGAGCUUCUGGGGAUUGCUGCUUCUUAUCUCCGACCACCCUCUAAGGUUGAAGAAUCUACCCAGAAAAAUCUUGAGCUUGGCCUAGUUGGGGCGGGAGCUAUUGAUCGUACUGCAGUCGUUCAAACCAUCAAAGAUGACUUCGAAAGAUCGUAUUUUGUCACAGGGCAACUUACACUCGAUGCAUACGAAGAGGAUUGCGAAUUCGCCGAUCCAGCAGGUUCCUUCAAGGGACUUAGACGUUUCAAAAGGAAUUGCACAAACUUUGGAUCUCUUAUUGAAAAGUCAAAUAUGAAACUAAUGAAGUGGGAGGACUUUGAGAACAAAGGAGUGGGACACUGGAAAUUUAGUUGUGUAAUGUCAUUUCCUUGGAAGCCUAUUCUUUCUGCUACUGGAUACACAGAGUAUUUUUUUGAUGCACAAUCUGGAAAAGUUUGCAGGCAUGUGGAGCACUGGAAUGUUCCCAAAAUGGCGCUGUUGAAGCAACUUCUGAGACCGACUCGAGGAUUCUGGCUUAAGAGAAAAGACAGCUAAAGAUUGUGAAGAAAAACAUGUUGAUCACAUCCUCUGUUGUCGAAAGACUGGCCUUGAGAAACCGAUGGAAGAUGACCGGAAGGGGAAGACUGAUAUGAAGGGCAACCAUCUAAUCUAAAAUGGGUUUGAAUUAGUACAAUUCGUUUCUUGAUCGGUGUCGAGUAGAGUUGCAUCAUCUAUCAUGUUGCACUAGUUCAGGAACUAACAAUGCAUAGUUAAUGUUUCCAGAGUUGUACAAAUAGCCUUAGCCUAUGCCACCAAAACUAAAGUAGACAGAUCAUUUUGUAACUAUCCAACAUAAUGUAAUAUUUGAUCGUCUACUCGGUCCUUAAGAGGCCCUCGCUUACUACUAUUUUCAAUCA